UUGGAUCCCGCGCGAGCGCGAACGACUUUGAAGAGCCGCGAGGAGGUAUUUCUCAGGAAAAAUUUUCUUUCUCGCGAGACACUAAUUGAGCAGUUGCAGAACUUCAACGACCCCGGAACACGAAAGUUUCUUCUUCUUUUUUUCUUAUUUUCACGGCGUCGCUUGAGGUUUCAUCCGAAGCACGACCGCAUAAUCCUAUUUUUGACUGUCAUUCAGGCUUCGCAAGUGGAGCAGAGAGAGUACACGUACAGCAAGCUAUAUAGUACCCCCCCCCCCCCCCCACCUCCUCACACACAACGACAGCAGCGUUCAACACGAUGAGGCGUCCGAGGCAAGCAAACGAGAAGGCUGCUACUGCUGCUGCUGCUGCUGCUGCUGCUAGAAUGGGAUAAUAAUUCGACGAGGCAAACACGACGGUAUGGUAAACUACGGCUGUACGAAAACCGGAAGUGGAGGCGUCGAAUGCUUCGUUGAGUUCAGAGAAUCGCUUAAGGAAGAAGACCCUGAAGGUAUGGGAAUAAUGACAAGAUGUAUCGAACUUUCCGCUGUCAUUGGAUCCUUCUUGCUCAUCCUUAUUACAAUGCCAUUUUCUCUGUGCGUCAUUUUUAAAGUCGUACAAGAAUACGAAAGAGCAGUUGUGUUUAGAAUGGGUCGAUUGAAAGGUGAACCUCGAGGUCCAGGUACAUUUUUCGUAAUCCCUUGUAUCGACAACUGCGUACGAGUUGAUUUACGUACCGUGUCAUUCGAUGUGCCCCCGCAGGAGGUCCUUACCAAAGACUCUGUUACUGUCAGCGUCGAUGCAGUCGUCUAUUACCGUAUUAAGGAGCCCCUCAACGCCGUCGUCAAGAUUGCGAAUUACAGCCACUCAACGCGACUAUUGGCCGCGAGUACUCUGCGUACUGUUCUCGGCACAAGGAGCCUUGCCGAGAUUCUAGCUGAACGAGAAACUAUAUCCCAUACUAUGCAGGCAUCACUCGAUGAAGCCACUGAUCCCUGGGGAGUAAAAGUCGAGCGUGUGGAAAUAAAGGAUGUGCGACUGCCGGUGCAGCUUCAACGAGCGAUGGCUGCCGAGGCGGAAGCAGCUCGCGAAGCUCGAGCUAAAGUGAUUGCAGCCGAGGGUGAAAUGCGCGCUUCGCGAGCCCUUAAAGAAGCAAGUGAUGUCAUAUCUAUGAGUCCUGCUGCGCUUCAGCUGCGGUACUUACAGACUCUCAACAAUAUAUCUGCCGAGAAGAAUUCUACAAUUAUUUUUCCAUUGCCGGUUGAAUUAUUAGCUCCAUUUUUCACGAUGAGGAGGCCACCUGUGUGUGAAGUCAGUACAAAUGCAAGGACUAACAGCAAACUGGUCUAAUUUUUAAAUACUAUUACGUUGCUAAGUCAAACAAUCAUAAUAUUCAUUGUCAUGUUCGUUAUAUUUGAAUAUUAUAUGUGAUCUCUUCAUUUAUUUCAAUGUUUUAAUUCUAGUGUAAUAAUUUUCCUAGGUUAACAUUUAGUUUCAAAAGUAGACUUGUUAGUUUUAUCCAUUUGUGAA